CGAUCAAAAUCUGAAAUUUGUCACAGAAGUUUGAAAAUUGAAGGUACUGAAAUGUCGAGGGUGAUGGAAUUGCCGGUGACAGCUCGCGCCCGCUUAGCUGUGCUAUCAGCGCACCUGGCAGCUGCGACCAACGAGCCCUAUGAGUUCGGACCCACUCUCGAGCCGCAAUGCGUGUCCGCUCAGAACAUCGUACCACCGCCCGGGAACCUCCGGGGACCUUUGACCAUCGUCGACGAGAGGACCGGUAAGAGGUAUCAGGUCCAGGUCUCUGAUGAAGGAACCGUCAAAGCCACUGAUCUCAAGAAGAUCACAACAGGGAAAAAUGACAAGGGGCUGAAGCUGUAUGAUCCAGGAUAUCUUAAUACCGCCCCUGUUCGAUCCUCGAUUUGUUAUAUCGAUGGCGACGAGGGGAUUCUUAGAUAUAGAGGCUACCCAAUUGAGGAAUUGGCUGAGAGCAGUACCUUUUUGGAAGUGGCCUAUCUCUUGAUGUAUGGGAAUUUGCCUUCUGAAAGUCAAUAUGCGGAUUGGGAAUUUGCCGUUUCUCAGCAUUCAGCUGUACCACAGGGAAUUUUGGACAUUAUCCAGGCAAUACCUCAUGAUGCACAUCCAAUGGGCGUACUUGUCAGUGCGAUGAGUGCUCUUUCCGUUUUCCAUCCCGAUGCUAAUCCGGCUCUGAGAGGGCAAGAAAUUUAUAAAUCGAAACAAGUGAGAGACAAGCAAAUAGCACGAAUCCUUGGGAAGGCACCAACAAUUGCAGCAGCAGCUUAUUUGAGAUUGGCCGGAAGACCUCCAGUUCUCCCUGCUAACAACCUUUCUUAUUCAGAGAACUUUUUAUACAUGCUAGAUUCCUUAGGCAAUAGAUCUUACAAACCAAAUCCUCGACUGGCUCGAGUGUUAGAUGUUCUCUUCAUAUUGCAUGCAGAACAUGAGAUGAAUUGCUCCACAGCUGCUGCCCGGCAUCUGGCAUCAAGUGGUGUAGAUGUUUACACUGCUCUUGCAGGAGCUACAGGAGCUCUCUAUGGCCCUCUUCAUGGCGGAGCAAAUGAGGCUGUGCUUAAGAUGUUAAAUGAGAUUGGAACUGUUGAGAACAUUCCAGAUUUCAUAGAGGGUGUGAAGAACAGGAAGCGAAAGAUGUCAGGUUUUGGGCAUCGCGUGUACAAAAACUAUGAUCCUAGAGCAAAGGUCAUAAGGAAAUUGGCAGAGGAAGUAUUUUCCAUUGUUGGAAGGGAUCCUCUGAUUGAGGUAGCUGUUGCUUUGGAGAAGGCUGCACUUUCAGAUGAGUAUUUUGUUAAGAGAAAGCUGUAUCCAAAUGUUGAUUUCUACUCUGGAUUAAUCUACAGGGCAAUGGGAUUUCCAACGGAGUUCUUCCCGGUUUUGUUUGCGAUCCCUCGAAUGGCUGGGUGGUUGGCACACUGGCGAGAAUCCCUUGAUGAUCCUGAUACUAAGAUCAUGAGACCCCAACAGGUGUAUACAGGAAACUGGCUGCGCCACUACAUACCGCCAAGAGAACGCUUAGUACCAGCUGAUGUAGACAAGCUCUCUCAGGUUUCUGUAUCAAAUGCCUCUAGGCGUCGUCUGUCUGGAACUGGUGUUUAGGCACUCAGUCUGAAUUGUGUGAAACUUAACAGAAAUAAAAAUAAAUUUCACAAUAUACCUAGGGGAGAAAGAAGUAUCUUUUCAUCUUUCUGCAUUAAAUUAUGCCUUCAAUGAAGGCGAAGAGUUGCGGAGGCUUGUAGGUUUAGGCAUAAUGUAGCGAAAAUAACAACACUUUGGUGGUGUUGAAUUCUGAAAUUUCCAGUCAGUCAUCUGGUUUAAUGUUAUUUACGAUUUUUAGCUCA